AAAAUCGGCAGCCAGUUGAAUCAGAGAGCAACCCACACUGGCUCCCGCCACCUCCAGCAAACAUGCUCAUACUUGCUCACACCACAUCACUGGUGUCUUAGUGCUGACUUCACAUACGCACGCUGGCAGUUUCUGCUUUUGGGACCUUGAAGGAUUUGUUGCUGCACAGCUCGAGGACUUUACAGCGAUGCUGCACGUGGUCACUCCUGGCUCUGACCUCUAACCUCUGCAUACGCUGAUAAUUUAGUGAAGACGCAGAAAACGAGCUGCUAUGGGUGCCUGAGUAAAAUGAUCAAAGGGAAGGUUCGGUCAGUUAUCCCAUCUGUGUCUCUGUGAGUGGAACAAAAUGACUGCCAAUAUGUCUGAAUGCCAGUACAAUGAUACGGUCUGGAAUCAGAGGUUGGACAAGAUGUACACCUACUUCUACCUGUUACUCUUAAUCCCCGGGUUGCUACUCAACACCAUUGCUCUCUGGGUCCUCUGCAGACACAUUAGCAAGAAGACCAAGGCGGUGAUCUUCAUGAUAAACCUGGCUUUUGCAGACCUGGCCCACAUCCUCUCUCUUCCCCUCAGGGUCUAUUAUUACUUCACGCACACCUGGCCCUUUGGACGAGGCGUCUGCUUGUUCUGUUUCUACCUAAAAUAUCUCAACAUGUAUGCCGCUAUAGUGUUCCUGAUGUGCAUCAGCAUGCAGAGGUGCAUCUUCCUGCAGAAGCCAUUCACUGCUCGACGGUGGAGGCGUCGUUAUGACCUGCUGAUCAGUUUUGUGGUGUGGGUGACGGUUGGUCUGGCCUGCUCGCCUUUUAUUCUAAUGCGGAGUAGCAGCGGCGAACCUAAUGCCACCUCCACCCAACCGCCCUCAGGUGUCACCAAUCAACAUUUGACCCCCAGCAAACUGAGCUCAAACUCCAGCGACACUUCAGUGGGCUGUUUUAAAGACUUGCCCAUGCGCCAUACUUCUCUCUCUCUGACGAUCCCCAUGGUGGUCUUUGCUGAAGCGUGCGGUUUCUUGAUUCCUUUAGCUUGCAUCGCUUACAGCACCCUCCGCAUCUCUUGGUCCCUCAAGGAGAGCCAGACCCACGAUCAGAACUCCCUCAACUCCUCGGCGCGCAGCCGCCUCCACUCAGUCACCUCCAACUCUCAGACAGAGAAAUUUAAUGAAAAGCAGACAAGCGGUGAGAAGCGGCGUGCUCUGCGGAUGGUGUUGAGCUGCUUCGCUCUCUUUUUGUUCUGCUUUGCUCCAUAUCACCUGAACUUCGCCCUCUACAUGAUGGUGAGGCAGGAGAUUGUGACCAACUGUGAAGUCAGGAAGGCAGUACUCCAGUUUCACCCGGUGUCUCUGUGCAUAGCAGGCCUGAGCUGCUGCGUCAACCCCAUUCUUUAUUACUUUCUCACAACUGAAUUUAGAAUGCACCUCAAAAGGCGCACCUCCUCCUUCUCUUCCUCUCUCUCCUCCCCGACCACCUCACCGACCCAGUGUCCUAUGCAGAGCAGACUCAUGAGCACCUCCUCAUAUAGGGAGUAGCGGUACUCAGAGGAAAAGCUUCUUUGUUGGUUUGUUUUUUGUUUUUUUUUUUCAGUCUAAUUACAGAGCUGAUGGCUAUCCACGAUGGAAUCUGCUGAACUUUUAAACAGAGUGACAAAGUCCAAACAUUUGACAUGUUACAGCUGUCGGAAAACAAACUGAUCCAAAUGGCACUGACCUGACAGUGUGAAGCUCGCCUUUUCAAAGGCAGGAAGGACUUGACUUUACAUAAAGAUGGUCUCAUAACAGUUGCCUCAUGUUCUCUCCUCUGCACAGUCUAUAAAAUGCAACAAUUUGAAAUAAGCUAUGUAAAACCUGUAUGUAAAAUGCUUUGUACUCCAAUUAAAAG